AUGCUGCGCAUCAGCCCUGCGCACUUUGCGCCGCUGCAGGCCUCCCACCGUCUCCUCUUCUUCUCGUGGUGGCGUCAGAACAGCGGGCACCGCGGCAGCGCCGCCGCGACGUGGCGCGCGAACGCAAAGAGCACGUUCAUCAGCGAGGGCGCGAUGGGCCUCGGUGGCGGUGAUGUGGGUCAGCCCAUGGCGAAUGAGGCCUCCGAGGCGCUGGAUGGCACAGGCACGAGCACUGCGAGUUAUCGGCGGGCUGGUCUGAAGGGCACCGCUGGACGUGGCGUCGGCAAUGGGCUAGCCGUCCAAGCCGGCGGCGGUGCCGCUCCAGGGUCCACCGUGCCAAAGCAGGCGAUAGACGACGUCUUGAUAGAGCGUGCGGCGCACUUGACCGGACCGAAUCGGCGCCCCCUCUCGUACGACCUCGAGAUCCACCGCGCCGCCCGCGCGCGUGAGGCGGCACAGAAGCAAGCCUCGCAGGAGCAUCUGCUCCACUUCGACGAGCAGAACAUGCCGCGCAACCCCCACAACCCGAACCGAUGGCGUGCGAGCUGGGAGUUUACGCCGACGCCAGAGCACAAGUCGCUCGUGCUGCUUCUGUACCGCAACGUGCUGAAAGGCUUGAUGAACUACAAGAGCGUCCGGCGUCGCAGCAUGAUCGCCUACGCCCGCAUGUGCUUUCGCCGUCGCGCAAUGGCAACGGAGAAACUGCUGAUUGACGAGUGCAUCGAAGAGUGUCGGCGCUCCAUCUACGUGCUGGAAAAGCAUCACAACUUCACGAAGACCGGCACGUACGAGUUCGACUCGAUGACGCUACCGAAGGACACGGGUCAGGACGUGAAAACAUACAUGGAGGAGGUGUACGACCCGGAGCAGUCCCGCAUGCAGUUCCAGAACUUCACGGAUGUGCAGCCGGGCAGAGAGCAUUUGCAUCGGCAAGGGCUCGGGCCCACGUCGGGGUCGCACCACUGGAAGGACCAAAAGGCCUCGGAGGGCUUCAAGGUGGAGAUUCGCGACGAGGACAAGGCCCUGCGGCCGCCGCCGCCGCCCGGGAUGGCGAGCUGA